GUCCUCGCGUUUGCGCGGGAAUCGCGUUAUCUUUGGGGAUUAGUAUCUUAUUUACCCAGUACCGCAAGGUCGAGUACACUGCACAAGUAUAUCAAACAGAUGGGAAGGUUGUGGCAUGCAGGAAUAAUACAGCACGAGGACAAGUUGCGGCUCAGUUGUCUAAGCCUGUAUGUUACUCUGAUGAGCUAGUCAGCUUUUGCCAAGAUACGUUUAUCACGAGGGAGAGUAAAUGCACAUUGAUCACUAGGGAGAAUUUAGAUGCGUCAAUCACGAGGCAUAUAAAAAUACGUUAUUCGCGAAGGGGAGCAAGGAUUCGAAAAUCACGAGGGAGAACAAAGAUGAGUGAAUCACGGGGAUAGUUAAAGUUAUAUAUACGAGGGAAAGAAAAGAUGCGUUGAUUAUAAGGGAAAUCAAAUAUACGUUCAUCACUAGGGAGAACAAAUAAAUCGUUAAUCACGAAGGAGGGCAGAUAUAGGCAGAUAUAAUUAAUCGCGAGGGAGACCAAAUACACGCUAAUCGCUAGAGAAAGCAAAUAUUCACUAGGAAGAGCAAAGAUGUCAAUUACGAGGAUUCAUGAGCAAACAAACUGCAGUCGACAUGGAGAGCAAGACAGUAUCACAAACGAGGACGAAGAUACAAUAUUCACUAGGGACAGCAAAUAUACCUUGAACGCGAGUGAAACAAAAUCGCGGAAAAGAACUACGGAGUCAUCUACAUUAGAACCAUGCAAGAAAGAUAUUAGCAAGAUAAAAGAUCACACGUCCUUUAAAUGUGAGGAGUGUAAACUGUCCUUUACAAGGGAGUGGAGUUACAAAGCCCAUAUGGAAACUCACGACGAAUACAUUGAAAGCGUGUGUGACAUAUGUUCUGAAACAUUUUCACAUCCAAAAUUAGUAAUGAAACAUAAAAGGGUGGUCCAUUUAAUUAAAAAUGCUUAUACGUGCGAAAUCUGUGGAAAAUCAUUCAGCAAACCAAGUGAAUUGACACGGCAUGUAAAUGGAAUAGCUCACAAGACUGAUAGGAACUACAAAUGCAGUGUUUGCCCAAAGUCUUACUAUACUGAAUACCAGUUAAAAAGACAUGUGAAAACUCACGACGGACGUGAUGAAAAUAAAUUUGUAUGUCCUAAAUGUGGAGAUACAUAUAAAUGGGAAAGCAACUUUAAGGAUCAUUUAAAUACACACACUGGGAAUAAAAAGAAUGUGUGUGGAUUAUGCCAAGAGGAAUUUGCGUAUACACGAGCUUUAAUGGCUCACAAAAGAUCCGUACACUCUAUCAAAUAUCCAUACGAGUGUUCAAUAUGUGAAAAAGCAUUCAGACUACCGUCACAUUUAGCAAAUCAUUUAGCAAUUCACAAGAAUGAAAGGAAGUUCAAAUGUAACAUUUGUAAAAAAGGGUUCAACACAAGUAAUGACAGAAAUAAUCAUGAAAAGCGACACUCAUUAACAAAUAGAACUGUGAGGUGUGACCACUGCAAUUACAGAUGUAUGAAUGCCAGUACUUUAAAAGAACAUCUUCUCAUACAUUCUGAGGAGAGGUCACUCUCCUGUAAUUUUUGUAGUUACAGAUGUAAACAGAAAUCCAGUUUAGCCAUUCAUCUUCGAAUUCACACUGGUGAGAAAAAUUACAAGUGUGAAAAGUGUAAUACGGCUUUCACCACGAAGCAACAGUUGAAACAACAUGAGCCAAAACACACAACAGAACGAAAAUAUUCCUGUGCGAUUUGCCAAGCAAAAUUAAAAGACCCAAGAUCUUUGAAAACUCAUAUGCUAUUGCAUUCCACCUAUAAACGUUAUAGCUGCGCAAUUUGUAAGAAAUCAUUUAGACAUUCCUCUGGUCUCAGUUGCCAUCAGCGUAUACAUAAUGGAACCAAACCAUAUUCGUGUACAAUUUGUCCAUCGACAUUCCGCCUUAGUUCGGCGUUGGCAGAUCAUAUGUUUGUACACUCUAAUGUAAGCAAAUAUCAAUGCAGCGUGUGUAAUAAAAAAUUUAAACGAAUGAAAUCAUUAAAUUCUCACAAAAAGACUCACGAGGACGCACGUUAUGCAAAAAGUCAGUGCAACCUAUGCAGCAAAACGUUUCUCACAAAAUACACACUACGUGAGCAUAUAAGUCGGCAACAUUUGGGUGUUCCUGCAGACAGGCGCCCACCAAGGAGCAGUUUCGAAACAUUUUCUUGUCAGGUGUGUAAGUCGUCUUUCAAUAACUCGAAAAAGUUGAAGUAUCAUUGUCAAGUACAUUACGGCACAGGAUCGUUUGAAUGCUACCAUUGCAAUAAGCACUUUAUGUCAAAGUCAGCUGUGGUGUAUCACAUAAAGGUCCACUUCGAUGCUCAUGAUAGGAGCUUCGUCUGCGGUAUAUGCGGGGACACUUUUGCUUACAAGACGUUGUUAAUAAAACACAUCGAAAUUUGUAAACUUAAUUUUACAGACUUGACUAGCAAAACUUUAAAAGACGAGACAUGUGUGUUAUUUGAUUGUGCGGCAUGGAAAUGUGAACUUAAAACAGCAGAGGAAGGUAUAGCAUACAAUGACAGUUCUUCAUCAAAACUGGAAAAGAGAACUCAUCAAGAUGACAGCACUGAAAUGCAAGAACAAAGGAUUUAAAUAGAGAACUGAUAUUAACGAGAUACCCAUUUUUAUUUAGAAUGCAACAAUAGAAUAGAGAUCUGAUAACCAUAAAAUAUCAAAUUGCUCAACGGAACAAUAUAAUAGGGUUAUUAUAAUAGUAGCUCGAUCUGGGAUGCUGUAUUCAGCUAGAGUGGAUUUUGCCAGAUCGUAUCAUGCUCGAAGCUUAUGCGCCUCGUGUGAUCCGACUUUACAAAAUCCACUCGAGCUGAAUACAAAGUCCCAGAUCUAGCUACUGUUGUAUUGACCCUUUUAUUAUA